CAACACUCAAAAAUCUUUAAUGGCAACUCCUACCAUAAGCUUCAUUAUAGGUGUAAUUGGUAACAUAGUAUGUAUGUUGGUUUUUCUAUCUCCUAUAACAACGUUUAAAACUAUAGUGAAGAAGAAAUCAACAGGGAAUUUCAAAGGGAUACCGUAUAUUUGCACAUUAUUAAGUACAUCAUUAUGGACUUAUUAUGGUCUACUUAAACCUGAUGGUAUGCUUAUUAUCACCGUUAAUGGUGCUGGUGCUAUUCUUCAAGCCAUAUAUGUUACUGUUUUCAUCAUCUAUGCGCCGAAAGACUCUAAGAUUACGCAUUUGAAGUUAGUGGGGAUUUUGAACGUUGGGUUUUGUGGGGCUGUACUACUAAUUACAUUACUUGCUACACAUGGAAGUCUACGACUGACCAUUGUUGGAUCCAUUUGUGCAGGAGUAACUUUAGGAAUGUAUGGUGCUCCAUUAGGAGCCAUGAAAAAUGUGAUAGCGACAAAAAGCGUGGAGUACAUGCCAUUUAUGUUGACGUUUUUUCUCUUUCUCAAUGGUGGCGUCUGGUGUGUUUAUUCAGUACUCGUUAAGGAUUUCUUCCUUGGGGUGCCAAGUGUGAUAGGUUUUUUGUUAGGAUCAGUUCAGUUAAUCAUUUACAUUAUAUACAACAACAAAUCAAAGUCAAAGAAAUUGUCAAUGGAGAAACUGGAAGAAGACGGAUCACCUGAUUCGGUACAUGGAGCCGUAGACAAGUACAACGAAGAGAUGAUGAUGAAGAAAGAAAGAAGCCUAAAAGGAGGAGGGAGUCUACCUAAAACAACUGUGAGUGAGUGUGUCAAAGGUGGUGGUGUUGCUGAGAGUAAGAAAGGUGGUGGUUGUGGUUCGGUGGUUUGAGGUUAUUGUGCAGCGAGGCAGAUGAUAUCGGUGCCGGAGAGGUUUGCGGAUUCAUGACUGUGGCGGUAGCAGUCACGCUGCCACGGUUUUUCUGUAACUUACUUUACUUUGCGCGGUAAAUGUUGGUAGAUAUUUGUGAGUGAGAGUGACUCGGACUAUCAGAGAAGAAAUAGAACUAUAGAAGUGGUAUCAAAACCGUACUUAGUCUUACACUCUUACACCUUGAUUACACUUGUUUUUGGUGCAAUUGGGAGUACAUCGGAAUGGUUUGGGUUCCACCCUU